AACCGGAGUAUUAAGAUACGUGGGUGAGAACCACUCGCGAAACCCCUAACAAAGUUUAAAGGGAAGGUUCGGCGUGACGUUACUUUUUUUAUAAGUUCUCGAUGGACAGUAGCUUCCAGUGUGAGGGUUUGUUUUAAAAGAUUUCCUUUGUUAGCGGUAAAAAAUUUGUUAGUAAGCAUCCGCGUGAAUCCCUUUAAGAUGGUUUUCGUUGUAUGGUAUUUUUUUUAAUUUUAGUUAACGGCACGAGGGAUUCACGAUGGGCCAAGUUAAUCGCGUUUAUACGGUUCAACGAAGAGGAAAGCGAAGCUUGGUCGUGAAAUUUUCGAACAGCGUUUAGAUCAUUUGAAAUUAGUAACUGUGUGUCUUUCCGCGAAGUCUGCGAUAUAUACACUUUAUUAUAUCACCUAGAAUUAACUUGCAUAGUUUUAAGGAUAGUCUAAUGCGUUUUUGCUAUUGCGAGCUCGACAGAGUUUUAGCUUAGGUAUCCGAAGUGCCUUUCGACGGAAUGUCUGAGAAAAGAAAUUCCGUCGCAUAUCGUUAACUCGACAAAUCUUAGUCUAUCGGCGUAUCUUUUUCAUGGAAUAAAUAUAUCACACAAUUUUUUCGACUUCUUUUUCGUGUACGACUCGAUCAGUGGAGCAAAUUAUUUUUAUUUUCUUUGUGUAACGUUUUGUUAGUUUUGUAUUGCUUUUACCAACUUGUACUUUGUAAUCACGUUUAGCCCUUCAGCUGAUUAUUAAAUAAACGGUACAGUAUCCUUUUAUCGUAGCUAAAGGGUGUAGAAGUGCCUAAGAGAGAUAUUCGCGAGUUACGAUUGCGUCAAUAAAGAGUUGAAGACUGUAGCGUGUUGAGAUAACGGGAGACAUCGAUAGCGUAGGUUUUAAAUAAAUUUUGCACGUGGAAAAGCGCACCUGUUAUCUCGUCGCACGUUUUGCUUACAAAAUGUCCGAUCUUAGUACCUAUUGUUCGCGCACAAUUCAGGAAGGAAAUCGAGAAGUUAUUACCGAGGUGUUUUGAUAGUUGUUAUUUUAAGAUACACCUGCGAAAGAGACGACUUACGAGCGAUAUAACGGUAACUGUUCUCCCAUUUAUAGUACGCUUUUUAAUGAUCAAUUUUUCUUUCUUUUUUCUUUGAAUAAAACAUUUUUGUUAGCUCAGGAAAACGAACAGUUCCCGUGGAACCAAAGCGUCGCACGAUAAUUUCGCACCGUGUUAAUCUCUUAGAGAAUGUAAGAUUUUUUAUACCCGAUCCCAAAGAUUUUAAGCGACAACCACACGAUGGUAUAUGUCAUCUUUUUUUCUUUUGGAAUAAACUGUCGACAAAACAAAUAAAAACUGUUGCACCCUUGCUUCGUUCUCCGCUUCGCGAAACUCGGAAUUACUCUUCGAAUCCUGUCGAACGAGUUCGAGAGAGUCUAUCGUUAGAGUUUACGCAAAAAGGGAAGAAACGCAGGAGAGACGAGAAAACGUAUACGUGUUGCUGAACCCGGGACCCUAGAUCGAUCGGUAACCACACGUAGGACAGAUCGUACACGCGCUCCGCUGAUGGCUGAUAACACAUUAACACCUUUUUUCCGGGGUGGUGGUGGUUUGGUGCAACAUCUGAAGAAAAGCUACAGCCUAAGCGACCUGACCGGCGAGAAGGAGGACGAGAAUAGAAACACGCCGCACAUGCACGACGAGACGGACAUGGAAGUGGAGCCUCGUCGAAGAGAACACGUCGGGAGAAGAAGUUAUAGUCCUCGUCGAACUCAAUCGAGUAGUAACCGCAUGGAGCUGUAUUUCUCCGAGGUGGACGUCGACGUCAGACAACCGAGAUCCAGAGAACCAACGGCUAGCUUAACUAAUAUAAGGUCUUCGGACGAUAUCUCCAGCGGUUACAGCAGCGGGGAAGCGCUGCAAUCCACUCGUACGUCACAGGGUGACUCGUUAGUUCGGACGUCGAGCGUCGGGGCAAGAACACGCGCAAAACCGCGUUCUACCACGAAGAAAACACCAGAGGACUCGGGAGAAGAUACCGGCGGCAUCGAUCCUCCUUCCUUCAAAAACAUCUCAUUUCCGACACCUUUGACUCACGUGACUCCUGAACAAGCUCUCGAGAUCCUGCUUCUGCUCUCGCAAAACAGCAAUGUUGCUGAUUAUAUCAAACUCGGUCGCCCCUUUCUCGCAGGUAACGACGAUUCGCUCGAAAAUACCAGUCAAUCAGGCCCGCAACCAUGCGGAAUGGAAUCGAAAUCAAGCGAACCUGUUCCGAUCGCAGAGGUGCAAGUAAUUCAGAGUAUAGAGACUAAAACUGUCGCUGAACAACCGUCUACCAAUGACACGGUGCACGCACAGAUAGAACAGACUGAGGCUCAAGACAAAGCUGAACCAAAGAUCAACGUGGCUGCAGUUCUUACGAACGAGGGACCAUCUCUCGAAAAGUCUAAUAAAGAAUUAAGUCACUCCAUAAGCGACGAGCUGUGCCAGAACAAAUUUGACGAGCUGAAGCAACUUCUCAGCGAUGCUCACAAAGCUGUGAGCAGCAUCGUGUACACUCAGGAAUCGAAACACGACGGUACAAGUAUCACAGAGACCGACUCGUCGAACGUGGACGUAAAGAAAGAGGAUACAAAGAUCGUUGUACCCUUGAAAACCUCGGAAGAUACACAGUUAUCUACGGAAACGGAAGAUUCGAUUAACAAGGUAGAUUCGGAGUACGAAGACGCGAAUAGAGCGGGGAAGUACCACAAGAAGCCAGCACCGAAGGCUCCCCUCGCGAAAAGCGAAGAAGACAUGGACGAAACCGAUUCUCAGAACGCGCUGAAAGCCACUUUGGUAAUUAAAACCGGAACCGUGAAGACGUUUUCGAACAUCAGCAGCACGAAGGACGUGUUCAUCGCUCACGCCACGGAUGGAAAGCCCAAAGGUAAAAAGUCUAAGAGACAGCGUACGAAGGAAGGCUUCUCUAAAUUAUUGACGAUUCCGAAAAACAUCUUUCACAAUGCUUUUUCUAAAGAACAGAAAGGUGUUAAAGCCGAAGAUUCUGUCUCGGAGACUAGCGAGUCCAGAUCGAACAGCAUCGAAUCGCAAGAGACUAUCAUAGAACUGGCGCCGAAGUCGCAUCGAGAGAAUGCUGACGAUAAGAGCGAGAACGAUACGUCGAACAGCUCGGGCAGUUAUAUUCUGGCGUCGAACGACGAGGCUAAUGAGAUUAAAAAAGAGAACAAAGACAUUGACGAGACAAAGCCAGUUGCGACUAAUUCGGAAUCAACGAUCAGAGAGAUGUCCCAGUCGCCUAAAGCUGGGAAAAGAUUGGAAUCAGACAUUUAUUAAGAAGCUUUUUAGGAACGUGAUAUAACCAGCUUCGCUACUCUCCCCCGCAGCAAGAAGACAAGUAAGAAGAAGGUGGCAUGAAAUUUAGGAACAGCUGCUGAUCGUAUCAAGGAAUAAGACUAGCGUCGGUUUCCUUCGAGCAUAAUCGAUUUCUAUAUCGACGUACGUGCACGACAAAGUGUAACGUUACGUGAUCAGCAGCGAGUGUCACCGAACGCGUAUAAACGCGUCAAGCAUAAUGCAGGUAACGACGUUAUCCGGAUCGUUUGUACAUACUUGCCUCGUGAUACGAACGAAAUUUACGUUCGAGCAUCCUUUUGACCCUUUUGCUGCUAAUGACGCAUAUACGAUCGGAUUAAUUUCUUGCUUUGUAUCGAGCCAUGAAGCUUUCAAGCGGUUGAAUCGCAUUUAUUGCAAUUUUAGUUUCGCGGUCGAGCGACGAGACCAAGAUAUAGCUUUGACUAUGUACAUAUAAUGUAACGUGUUGUAUAAUAGUUAAUCGCUGUAAGGUCGGUUACAAAAGAUAUAUUAAAUUGGUUUAAUCCCAGCAGCGAAAGGGUUAACUAACCCUUUGCGCUCCACAGACUUUAUAGAUUAUUUCCAUUUAUAAAUCGUACUUGUAUGAUAUGUUUUAUUUAAGUACAGUUUUACUUUUAGUGGAUUGUAAAGGGUUGAAGCGAGUAAUUCCUAAAUACUUGAUGGUUUAUCAUAAAUAGCACCGUUGCUCACGGGCAUCCAUUCAUAGAUUCACGUUAAUGCUUUCGUAUCCUCAAAGUUUUCGCAUGACGUUGCUCAGGUCAGUAAGAUUCGGACCGAGUUUUUAUAUGUUUAUGAUAACGAAGAGUUCAACGAUGUCGGAAGAGCAAGGUGUACUUAGGAUCAAUAGAUUUUACCGAAAGAGACACGCGGUGUCGAUGUAUCCAAAUGGCAUGGAAUUCCGUUUCUAAGCUUUUCUAAACCGUAGUCUCGAUGUUUUGUAAAGGGAUUUGUUCUCACGACCAGGUUUGAUGAAAAAGAAAUGAAUUCUAGUCAACUAAACUUACUCAGGCAACUAUGGACUAGUGCCACUUGAAACUUUCCGUAAUUUGUUUAAUACGACGUAGUUGACAACCGCAAAGAUACUGUCGGGUGUUUUUCACGGAAACUAGAACUCGAAAUGCUGCGCAUAUUUGUAAAAACGGUAGAUAAGGUCCGGUUGACUAAUAUCUGUAACGAAACGCUGUCGAGCAUUAGCGUGUGAUAACUGUUCGCUUUUAUAUGCUUCUGUUCGGAAGAUGUCGGACUAGGAACAGAGAGAACCUUUUUCAUCUUUAAGACAAACGUGCACUUCCUUUAAAGUCUGAGUUUCGUUCGAUGAAGACUUGAUUUGCGCUUACUCGAUUGCAGUGUUCAGCCAUCAAGAGAAGAAAUUGUCCCCGAAUCCUCGUUUAUUUCAUAUCGUUUCACGUUUUCGUUUGUAUUGCACGGUAUACCGUGCGAAUUUACGCACAAGCUAUUUGAAGGGAGCGAGAAAAAUUACGGAUGUUAACGAAUUCGUUCAUAUAUUAAGAAUUUGUUAUAAUUGUUGUUUUUAUCAUGCACUGUAAGAUGUUCGAAGACACAAAAAAUGCAGCCAAUGAUCUUUCUUUCAAAAGAUGAGGAAUUGAAACAGAGUGGUCUAAAUUUGUCGUGAUUCGUUGGUAACAUUUGCUGCAUUUUUUUGACAAGACCUUGGAAUUUAAAGUAUGCUAGAGAAAAUUAAUUAAUUGCAAUUUAUAUGUAUCGUUAAUCCUUAGAUACCUUCAUAUUUGAGAGUGAAUGUGUAUGAACUGAGAGAGAGAGUGAAAGAGGGAAAAAAGAGAAAGAAUGCGAGAAUAUGCUCAACUAAGAUUCUUUGCCCGUAUUUAAUGGGGGGAAAAUUCUUAAACUCCUACGGUACCUCGAUAUUAUUCGAGCUUUGUUCUUUGUAAUUAUUAAGCCUUUUUGGCGCAUCGAUUAUGUGCCGCAAACUAUAUGGUGCUGCAAACUUUUUAAUUUAUUUUAUAGUUAUAUACCCUGGCAGCAUAAGAAAAACGUGUUCUGAAUGUAGAGAAUUGGAAACUUUAUGGAGGGUGUGGAUAGAUUGUUUAACAGUAUUUCGGUUUAAGUAUGUCUGUAGUCAAUAAAGUGAUAUUAAAAUGA